GAAAGCAUUUAUUAUUAGGCAGCUGAGUUAUGAAUAUAUAUGUACUUUUGUGUUUCUUGAUAAACAAUAAUGAGAGAGGACUCUGCCAUUUUGGCAUUAAAAAACAUCCCAAAACAUAAAAUUAUGAACGGUAUUAUCAGUAUAUAUCAUCAAACACCUAUAUAUAAAAUCUCCCUCUUCACUUUCAAAGUUCUAACACAUGACCCACAAACCUUAACUCUCUCUCUCUCUCUCUCUCUCUCUUUCUCUCUCUCUCUCUUCCUCACAAUGUCAACACUAAACCAUCUCUUUGACCUUCCUGAGCAGAUUUGCUACGUGCAAUGUGGUUUCUGCGACACCAUCUUACUGGUAAGUGUCCCAUGCAGCAGCCUGUCCAUGGUGGUGACUGUAAGAUGUGGGCACUGCACUAGUCUUCUUUCUGUUAACAUGUUAAAAGUCUCUUUUGUCCCUUUACAGCUCUUAGCUUCUCUAAGCCAUGAUCAGCAAAAAGAAGUCAAUCCAGAAGCAGCUGUGGGUUUGCGAAAAACCCUGGACAUACAGAGAUCAUCAUCCAUGGUGGCCUAUUCAGAUCAUGAGUUAGAGGAAGAUAAGAAUCCUGAGAAUCGUGUCAUUAACAAACCUCCUGAGAAAAGGCAGAGAGCACCAUCAGCAUAUAACCGAUUCAUCAACAGAGAAGAGAUUAGAAGACUCAAAACUGAAAAUCCAAACAUGGCUCACAAAGAAGCCUUUAGUACUGCUGCAAAAAAUUGGGCCAAUUUCCCCCCUAUUCAUUAUAAAGAAGGUGGAGAGAGUUGUGGGCAAGAAGAUGAAGAGACAACUUGGAAUUGUGAUGCAGCUGAGUCUCAGGUCAACGUUGAAGGCAAAGGUUUCCAUGAAAGAAAGGCUCCAAGGCAUUCCAUAUGGGCAAGGACACCUUUCGAGUGAAGAAGAAGAAUUCGAAGAAGGCUUAUAUAUAUGUAUUUAUAUAUAAAAUGCCAUAAGAAGAAAACUAUUCCACUUUUAGGGUUAAGGGUUGGGUUCUGAAUCAUAUGUCCUUCAGAGGGAAGAUGCUCUUGGGAAUGUGGUUUUUUUACUGUACUGCAAGGUGUCAAACAGUACUAAAUGGUGUAAGAAACUUAGUUUUCAAGGUGUGCUUGAUGAUUUAUUAUAUAUAAUAUAUAUAUAUAUAAUAUAAAUCCGAAGGGCAUUUUGACAUUUCA